AUGCCGCCACUGAAGAGAAAGCGCCCGCACACGGACGCCGGAGUAGGCCCACCUCUCCAAGACACAGAAGUACCGGGUUCCGUUGCGACCCAGCAACAAACGCGGCGCGUCACGCGUCAUACGGAUGCCGCCGCCGCCGCCUCCUCCGCCCCGCCGAUCGUUGCACCACCACCUCCGCCAGCCAUUGUCCAGUCUCCGAAAGCGAAAAGAGGCCGUCCAUCACGACAGUUUCAGCCGCCGCAACAGCAAUUUCCAACCGAGCCCGCCGCUGCCGACAUUCGCAACGGCACUGCUGUCGUCCGGCGGCAGGGACACGGCCCAUCUCCACCCAGUUGCGCCGAGAACAUCCCCAUCUCGGGAGUCGCAGCCGUCCAACUCGACGAAACGAGGACGAAAAGGCUCACAAGACACACUAACGACGGCAGUCUCGCAACUGUGCACGACAAGACAUCCAGGCGUCAAAGUGACGCGCUAGCCCAGUCCCCACCGGCUUCUGUCCUGCCGCCUGCACCUCGUGCAUCCUCUCAUAACACAUCAUCCGGGCUGGCAUCAUCGACCAAAGGCCAGGAACCGUCUAAAACAGGUCAAAGCACAACCGCAAUGGCUGCGUCGACUUCAGUACCCGCAACGGCGGCGACGACAACACCCAAGCAGCCACCGCCAUCCCCGGCAACAUUUCAAACACAACAGAGGCUCCGACCUGGCGCUGUACCCACCCCCGAGAAGCGCGGUUUUCGGACGGAUCGUAACAUAGACAAGGUCGUCCUGGGAAACGCCUGUUUUUCCACCUGGUACCCUUCAUACCAUGGCAAGGAGAUACUCGGCGAUGCGUCCGGGACUGCAACCAGGGUCGUGUCAGCCGCGACUGACGCGACGACCGAAGUUGGCGCCGGCAGCGGCAAGGGCAAGAACUCUGCCGGCAAAGAUGGAAAGGGUGGCAAGGGGAAGGGUCAGCAAGCGCGGCGCGAGCCGAUGAUUGACCGCCUAUACGUCUGCCCCUAUUGCUUCAAGUACUCCAAGGUGCUUCUACAGUGGUGGAAACAUACAGAGUUCUGUAGCAGGCGCAACGAUAUUCCAGGGCGCAAGGUUUACGUACAUCCCAAAGGCACAAGGACGAUUCCAGUACCGGCGCCUUCAAAGUCUGGACGUAAGAGGAAGUCAGACGGCGCAGACAAGGCGGCUGCGCAGACGAUACAAGACGAGGGCGAGUGGAGCAUAUGGGAAGUAGAUGGAGAAGAUGAAGUUGUGAGUAUAACCAUUUGCCCAACUCGAAGUUCCAUCCAGCUGAAAAGUUCUCUCUUUCUCGACAACAAAUCCGUCUUCUUUGACGUAGCAGCGUUCAACUACUACCUGCUAGUCUAUACUCCACCGAGCGGCGAUAUCACAGGAGCGAAUCAAGAAAAGGGUGGCAUAUCCAUCCCAACAUUUAAUUACGCGAACAAUACUACUGCGAAUAAUACUACCACGACAACCACACCACGGAUUGUGGGGUUCUUCUCCAAGGAGAAGAUGUCAUGGGACAACAACACGCUGGCAUGCAUCCUGAUCUUCCCGCCAUGGCAGCGCAAGGGGCUCGGCGCCCUCCUGAUGGGAGUAUCUUACGAGAUAGCCCGCCGCGAGGGCCUUCUAGGCGGGCCAGAGAAACCCAUUUCGGACCUCGGUCGCAAGGGCUACAGACGAUACUGGGGCGGUGAGAUUGCCAGGUGGCUGCUGACGACAGGUCAUGACAAAGGUAGCCAGCACGGUCAGGGAACCGAUCAUGAAAACCGCGAAGCGGAAGUCGUCGUCGACAUUGAGGAGUGCAGCAGGGCCAUCUGGGUGGCCGUAGAGGACGUCUUGCUUACGCUGCGGGAGAUGGACGUCGCCGAAGAUGCGGGCAUGGGCCCUCCGCGGGCCGAAUUAAGCCAUACCGCGGACGACGAAAAUACAGGCGAGGAUUCGUCGGGUCAGCAACAUGCCAACGAGAAUAACCAGGACGUGCUCGACGGAGAAGAACAUAACAAGUAUCCCGCAAAGCAGGUGCGCAGAGUGAGGAUAUCAAAGGCGCGGGUUCGGCAAUGGGUCGCCGCGAACCGUAUAGAUCUGACGAGGCCAUGCGAUCCGGAAGGGUUCAUAGGGGACGAGAGACGCACGUCGGUCAAGCCGACGGAAGAGCAUGAUGACGACAUGUCAGCAUCGGCUUAA